AUGAAGAAGCAAAACGUCCGCACUCUAUCGCUGAUCGUUUGCACAUUCACCUACUUACUCGUCGGGGCAGCCGUUUUCGACGCUCUGGAAUCAGGGACUGAGCGAAAGCGUUGGGAAGCUCUCGAAGACUCCAAGAAGAGCCCUCGCGUCCGCAGAGAUCGAGUCCAUCCAUCGCACGUUCGGUCGUCCAACUCACCGUUUCCCGCAAAGCUAUUCGAUUAG